AUGUUUAACUUUCUUGCGCUGUGUAUCUGGGUGACACAGUCAUUCGCCGCAAAUUCGACGGCGGUAGAGGGCUGGCAGUUUGACGGUAACUCCCGCUCCACCUUCGAUAUAUUGUGGUCUUGUUCCUCCACCAUAUUUGCGUGCACGUGGACAGCGCUACAUACCAACGUGCCGGAGCGCAACAAGUCUGAUUUCCAGAUCGGAGUCAGAAAGGCUUGGCAAUUUUUCUUCGCCCUCAUGGCUCCGGAGUUGAUUGCUUGGACAGCGGCUCAGGAACUAUGGCCAUGUCAGCGGGCCAUACCCCCGGCGCAAGCUUACGACCACAGGGAUCUUAUCAUUUCUCCAAGCCAUACAAAAUGGACCUUUGCCCAAUCCUUGCAAACCGAAGAUGAAUGGCUGUACAUUAUAGAUUCAAAAUUGAUGUUGGCUCUGAUUAAAGCCGAUAUUGUCAGGUGUUCCGACCUAAGAGAUCGAGAUAUCAAGGAUAGAGCUAAGGCAGACUCCCUGGCAAAAGCAUUCACAGUACUUCAGAGUACCUGGGCUGUCAUCAAUGUCGUUGCAAGAGCAGGAUAUAAACUUCCUAUCUCACUAAUUGAGCUCUCCACUGUGGCAUACGUAAUUUGUGGGCUCUUGACUUAUGCUUUCUGGUGGCACAAGCCCAAAGAUAUGACAACGCCGAUCAUGAUUAACCUGCGAUAUACCCGGGACAAUCUACCGCAGGAAAUCCGCAACAUUACGGAUGAAAAUCCACAAAAAUGGGUCCAUUGGCGGGAGGUUCCUCCUGAAGAAAACUUUUUCGCCAUGCCGCAGAUAAUUCGCCGGGUGCAUAGACGCGUCUUUACGGAAAAAACUUUCCGUGAAGUAGCGGACACCGGCUCCCAGGCAUUUACAAGGCGUGAGGAAGCGGCCCUAGACGCCUUCGCCAUUCUCGCUGCCAUCCUGUUUUGUUGUGUCCAUAUCGCUGCGUGGAAUUUUCUGUUCCCAACGCAAACUGAGCAAAUCGCAUGGCGAAUCUUUACACUUAUUGCAGUCUCGAUGGCUUGCGUCGCCUACCUAGUAGGCCAGGCACCUCUGUUCGCGAGGUUGCUCGCGAAAAUUAUCUCCAUCCCCUCCUGUAUGAAGGCUUUGGUGGACCCCACCGCUUCCUUUACAAUGUUAGAAAUUUAUCUUAAUGUGGGAGCUUACCAAGUGUACUGUGUUGCGCGCUUGGGGAUCUUCGCACUUAUGUUAUCAUCAUUGCGCGCUCUUCCGGUUGGCUGCUACAUAUCUAUUGAUUGGCUGGCAUCAAUACCCCAUCUAUAA